UGUGUGUGUGUGUCUGUGAGUGUGUGUGUUUGUGUGUGUCUGUGAGUGUGUGUGUGUGUGUGUGUGAUGAGACAGAGACUCAAUUAAGAAUUCAUAAUAUUUAAAUAUUUUACUGUGACAACGCUGAAACCAUCAAUAUGCUAAUGAGUUUAAAUGCCUCAUUAGCAUAUUUAUUAUUUCUAAAGUCCAAAUUGAAACUUUGAAUAUUUCUUUAAUAUUUCAACAUUUCACUGAACUCUAACUAAUGAAUUAUUAAUCAGCUCUCUGUGAUCUCAUUGGAUGAUCAUGGCGGUUAGUUUGUUGUGGUGAGAAAUGCGUGUCGUGAUCUGACCAGUUCUGGUUCUGCUGUUCCAGCUCAGGUGAGCUCAGGUGAGCUCAGGUGAGGAGGCAGCAUGGACAAAGUGAGCAGGAUCCUGGUCCACAUCUGUAAAGAGCGAGCAGCUCCACAGAGAGCUCACUUUGUUCAGAGUGUGACGGGUCACUUCAGUGACGGAGGUGCUGACCUGGUGGAGGUGAGCUGCUCUCUGGAGAAGAACCAGUUCAUCGUUUACAGACCGGACCAAGGACGAGGGAUUCCUCUGAAGAGGCCCGCCUUCUGUCCCAUCAAACACCUGUCAGUCACAGAGGUAGCUGCAAUCCCAUUGGACAUUCAGCAGCGUGGAAUAGAUGUGGGCGUGGCCAUCAUCCUGCAGACAGCCAAUGAGAAAGUGUUGCUGACACGGCGGGCGAAGGAGCUCCGGAUAUUUCCCAACGUCUGGGUUCCUCCAGGAGGACAUCUUGAGCCGGAUGAGACGCUGCUGGAUGCUGGCCUCAGAGAAUUAAAGGAAGAAACUGGACUGAAACUGGAACCAGAGGAAGUUUCUCCAAAAAUACUGGGACUGUGGGAGUCAGUGUACCCCCCCAUGUUGUCCUCUGGUGUCCCUCAGAGACAUCACGUUGUGGUCUACAUGCUGCUGCACUCGUCUCUGUCUCACCUGCAGGUACAGGCGUCUCUGAGCCCGUCUCCAGCCGAGGUCAGUGCCUGUCUGUGGGCCGACAGCAGGCUGGUCAGAGCCAUCGUGUCCGCCGUGGACGGAGAGGACGCCGAGGUCCGAGUGGACGGCGUGCCGAGCAGCGUCAGUGUGUGGCAGGUUUCCUCAGACGGAGCUCUGAGCGACGCCUCGCUGCCUCUGGCCGUGCUCAUCAGCCGGGCACCAAUCAGCGGGCCCGAUGUGGAGCGGGUCAGUACCGGGACCAAGUUCGCCCUGGAGCUGUGGCUGAAGACCCUGGAGACCCCUGACCCCUGACCCCUGACCUCUGAAAGGACAGAAUUUAGUUCUUCACACGUCACCUGUGUGUGAUUUGUGAUUUUUCUGCCAGUUGAAUAAAUCUGAUGUUUCAUGAAAACAAACCU